AUGGACCAGUACAAUAACGCCGUGUCGGCGUUCGGUGUAAUUGUCAUCAUUCUCUCGGCUUUCAAUCUAUCAAUAUCGGCACAUUCGAAGCAACCGGAUCCUGAUCUUCAACAAGCGGCAUACGGAUUCGCGAUCUUUGCCAUGACUCUGUGCGCUUUGCUCAUUGCUCUGUUCCUUAUUUUACCUUUGAUCUCCUUGCUUGUGACGGUAUAUGGUUCUCUUCUCACGAGAAAACGUAUUUUCAAAGAAACCAAGGCCGAGGGACAACCACGCUCGGUUUAG